AUGUCUCCACCAACCCUGACCUCACCAACCCCAACCCUGACCCUAACCCCCGAACCCCUCACCCCGUCCGCCUUCCACCCCUACGGCACAGCCAUCACCUCACCACUGCCCCGCACCGUGGCCACCCCACCACCAGCCUCCGCCCUGACAGCGCUGCACCCGACCCCCGUCCUCGCCAACCAAAACACCGCCCUGAAGUACAGUCCCAUCUCCCCACUGGACGACCACUAUGGCAGCAACUGCCCCAGCGGCCGGGCCUCGUCCGCGCGCAUGACCAUGUUCUCCUGCUUCCCGCGCACCCUGCGUCCUUCGACCGGGAAAUCCGCCGUUUUCGACAUCCGCAUCCUCGAACGCCACCCCUACACCACCCAGACCUUCUCCCCGCUCGACCUCUCCAGCCAGCCGGCCGCCGGGUCCGGCACGGCCCAAGAGCCGGAGCCGUACUAUCUGGUCGUCGUGGCGCCCUCGCUCAAGGGCACGACCGCCCAGGCCACCACCAGCUCCGGGGAGGUGGUUACCAUCGCCGACCCGCCGGAUCUGAGCCGCGUGAAGGCGUUCGUCGCGCGCGGUGGGCAGGCUGUCACCUACGGCGCGGGCACGUGGCAUGCGCCCAUGGCGGUGAUUGGGAACCGGCGCGUGGACUUCUUGGUCGUGCAGUUUAUGAAUGGCGUGGCGGAGGAGGAUGUGCAGGAGGUGGUGUUUGGGGAGGGGGUUGUGGUUGAGGUGGAGCAGGGAGUGGGCGUGAAGGCUAGGCUUUGA